UGAUUCAGUAUAUGCCACGGUUGCUGAUUUCAGCUGAUAUUUUAGUGCAUCACUAACUGUCUCUGUUGUAUUAUGAGCAGCCCAAACAACAGUAGGAAUUCUCGGAAUGAAGGUUACAGUUACACUGGAUGGAAUAGCAUGAAGACGUUAACAAAUAAGGAUCUGGUUGAGAAAAAGAGUAAUCCUACAAAGUAUUACCUAACGGAAAAAGGCAAAGAGACAGCUCGCGAUUGUCUUGCACGGUCUGGAUUGGAUGAUCCUACAGGACCUUUAACGGCGGCCGGUCAUCUUGCAGUUGUGCUCAGUGAUUCAGAUUCUGAUGAAUACGACGGCAGCAGUCCCCUGAUAGGUUCUGAAAGAAGUGGACUUCCAAACUCAAAAGCAGGCAGUUCGAGUUCCUUUGGUAUUAGCAUGCUUUCUUUGUAUAUAAUAUGAUGAUAUAUUCCAUAAGCAAAAUAUUACAACCCGCUGAUCUUUGUAGUUAAUGCCAUUUUUUUUC